AUGAAGAAAGAAUUAAUUUCCUUCUUUGUGGCUUCACUGGCACAAAUUGUGACAGCCGAUGAAGAAUGGAUUGAAGAUUGCAACAGCCAGAGUGAAAACAUUCACAUUCAUUCGGCUGGUGGCAACUGGAGAAACUUUUCGAGUGAUGUGACGUCUAAUCAAUAUUUUUUGCUCGAUCGAAAGUUCACGUGCACUGCUGAUCCAGACCAUUUCGCGCUUGUUCGAAUAAACGACCAGAUGGAUUCACCGUCAGACACAAAAACUAUCACUUGUGGAUCGGAGCGUAAAUGGUUGUACAAAGAUCGAAGCCUGAUGCAAAAGAAGAAAUCAGUCGUUACUUUCAAGAUGGUCUCAAACGGA